UGGAGUGUCAUCGCGAAGGAUUGACGUGACGAAUUGUCACCGGUGCCUUGUAAUCGCGCGCGCGCCAACAGAAAGUAAGAAAACAUAAGAACUCGAUGUAAUUAAAAGACCGCGUACUCUAAAAUGGAAACCAAAAACUUUGGACUACCACGAAUCUUCGUAUGCUGCUCGAAUAUCAUUUUUUUGAUAUCGGGUUUCGCGUUGAUGUCGUUGGGCGCAUUGUUAUUGGCCGACGACAAACGCAUUCUGCUGUCACGUUUGUUGGGACCGGGUGACAUACACCCCGAGCAACCACUUUUCUACUAUUUGGCCUUUGCCGUCGUCGGUUUGGGAUUUUUAAUCACUCUCGCGGGUCUACUGGGAUGCUGGGCAACCUGUCUCUAUAACCGAUGCGCUACUGUCUCCUACUUCAUCACGAUAAUUCUGCUGGUGAUCGGUGAAUGUACCGUUUGUGUUUUGGUCGUGUUUUGGCCACACGUUUUGGGUAUCGACGUCAGACCAACGCGAUUGAUACGUGCUUUGCAACGCAGCUACGCCGUUCCCGGCCGAGAACAAUUCACGGCGGCCCUUGAUCUUGCCCAAACCUCGUUUGUUUGCUGCGGCAUAAACGGAAGCAGCAAUUACGGCACCUCCUGGUGGCGGCUGCAGGAAAUCGGACGAAGAGAAUUAGUGGUACCUCUCAGUUGCUGCGCCCUGAACAACGCCAAUGAGACGGACUCCUUCCUCAACCCCGAACCUGCCAAUCUUACUCUCUGCCAGGCUUUGAACCCAGCCGAACAUCAAUACGCCCGACACACCACGGGUUGUCUGGAGAUGCUCGAAAAGUGGACACAAGAUCAAGCACUUAUACUGCUCACAGUUGGAUUGGCUGUGAUAUUCGUGGAAGUGGGCGCGCUUCUAAGCACGUUCUUCGCCUGCUCCAAAGGUAAUAAAAGGGCUAAAUCUCAGGCCUCGACGUUUACGUCCACGCAAACCUUGAGCCCCUUCAACGAGAACGAUCACGAUUUCGGCAUGGGGAUCGAGAAUCGAAUGCACGUGGCUGGAACGACGUUCGGUGCUAAAUCAUGAAGGUGGCUAGAGGGCAGCGAGGGUAAAUCACCAAUCGACGUCAAGAAUGCAGACGCGAAAACUGC